AUGAAGUUUCCAGUAUUAUGGAUUUGUGGAUUGAUAUUAUGGAUUGGCAGUGCUCGUGUUCACGCUUGGGGUGGUCUCUUCAAUCGUUUCUCACCGGAGAUGUUAAGUAAUAUGGGCUAUGGAAGCAGUCAUGGAGGCAGUUCAUAUCGCCCUCAACCAUUGUUUCAGGGCGAGACAAAUUUUAUUGAUGAGGAGCCAGCCAUAAUUGAAGAGGAAAUUUGCUAUGGAAAGCGCUGCACAGCCAAUGAGCAUUGCUGUCCAGGGAGCGUCUGUGUUGAUGUUGAUGGAGCAGCAUUUGGGAACUGUCUUUUUGCGUACGGUCGCAAAAUGGGUGAAUUAUGUCGACGUGAUGCAGAUUGUGAAUCUGGAUUAGUAUGUGACGUUUCAGCAGCUGGAGGUGCUAAUGUUUGUCGAGCACCAAUGGCAGUAGCGAAACAAUACGCAGAAGACUGUUCCACAUCAUCUGAUUGUGACAUAACUAGAGGUUUAUGUUGUCAAUUGCAACGAAGACAUCGUCAAGCUCCAAGAAAGGUCUGCUCGUAUUUCAAGGAUCCACUUGUAUGCAUCGGAACAGUAGCAAUGGAUAAAAUUCUCAAUCAGGACAUUGAACAUACAGCAGGUGAAAAGCGUUUAACAUCAUGGAAGAGAAAUGUAAAAUAG